AUGCGGGUGCGCCUGGGUGCCCUAGCCGGGGCUGCGGCGCUGUCAGGGGCGCUCAGCUUUGUCCUCCUGGCAGCUGCCAUCGGCACAGACUUUUGGUACAUCAUCGACACUGCCCGACUGGAACAGCGCGGCCCGGGGGCGGGCGGGGCCCGGGAUAGUGGCAACGCCGGAGGCUUCAACGAGAGCCAGUUGGAGCCGCUCAGCUCUCACUCUGGGCUCUGGAGGACCUGCCGGGUCCAAAGCAAGUGCACACCCCUGAUGAAUCCCUUCUGGCAGGAGAACGUGACAGUCUCCGACUCAGACAGACAGCUUCUCACGAUGCAUGGGACGUUUGUGAUUCUUUUGCCGCUCAGCCUGAUCCUGAUGGUCUUUGGAGGGAUGACAGGAUUUAUAAGCAUCCUCGCCAGAGCCUAUCUCCUCCUCCUCAUGACUGGGAUGCUUUUCCUUUUUGGAGCCUUGGUGACUCUCUCUGGGAUCAGUGUCUACAUUGCCUAUUCAGCAGCAGCUUUCCAAGAAGCAGUCUGCCUCUUGGAAGAGAAGGACCUCUUGAACCAGGUGGACAUCAGGUUUGGAUGGUCCUUGGCUCUCGGUUGGAUCUCCUUCAUCUCUGAACUCCUCACUGGGGCAGCAUUCCUACUGGCAGCAAGGGUGGUUGGCUUGAAACGGAGACAGGACCAAGCUAUAUGA